AUGUCCAAGUCCUUGAAGAAAAUUGUGGAGGAGAGUAGGGAGAAGAACAUCUUGGAGGUGGACAUGUGUGAGCGAAACAUCUCUAACAUGGUGGACAUACCUGGUUUAUUCACUCUGUCUCACAUUACACAGCUGGUUCUCAGCCACAACAAACUCACAACUGUGCCGCCCAACAUUGCAGACCUAAGAAAUUUAGAAGUGCUCAACUUCUUCAACAAUCAGAUUGAGGAGCUGCCUACCCAAAUCAGCAGCCUUCAGAAGCUGAAACACUUGAAUCUUGGCAUGAACAGGCUCAACUCCUUGCCACGAGGAUUUGGCUCCUUACCAGCCCUGGAGGUUCUUGACCUGACUUACAACAACUUAAAUGAAAAUUCACUGCCUGGAAACUUCUUCUAUCUAACCACCUUGCGUGCACUCUAUCUAAGUGACAACGAUUUUGAAAUCCUGCCACCAGAUAUUGGGAAGCUCACAAAGUUGCAGAUAAUCAGCCUUCGGGAUAAUGACUUGAUAUCACUGCCUAAAGAAAUUGGUGAACUCACUCAGCUUAAAGAACUUCAUAUCCAAGGGAACCGACUCACUGUGCUGCCUCCGGAGCUAGGUAACUUGGAUCUGACUGGUCAAAAACAGGUCUUCAAAGCAGAGAAUAAUCCGUGGGUCACCCCUAUUGCAGAUCAGUUCCAGCUUGGCAUUUCCCAUGUGUUUGAAUAUAUUCGUUCAGAAACAUACAAAUACCUUUAUGGCAGGCACAUGCAGGCUGACCCCGACCCUCCGAAGAAGAACAACGACAAAUCCAAGAAGAUCAGCCGUAAGCCUCUGGCUGCCAAGAACAAAUAAGGACCCAGCUCAUCCCAUUCUGCUGUUUUGUUUUGCAUGUCUCUCUCAUUCUUUU